AUGGAUCUAUCCCCGCCAGCCGUGAAGCGUCUACGCACUUGUGGGGGCCUUGACCCUAGUCUGGCUGAGGAGUGGAAACGGAAACCUGUGCCGGCUGAUGCUCUGACAAAGUCAUUGGCUUUCAUGCAAGUAGAUGUUGAUAACUACUCCGCGGCCCCUCGAGCAUGCGAUCCGAUUCAAAAUGGAGAAGUACCAGUGAUCCGAAUGUUCGGGGUCACCGCUACAGGCAAUUCACUCAUGUGCCACAUUCACGGUUUCCUCCCCUACUUCUACUGUCCGAGACCAGACCAGACGGUUGACUGCGAGCGCUUUCAGACGCGCCUCGAAUCGGCCCUCCGCGGCUCACAGACGGCCUCUGGGAGUCGGUGCAAGCAGCUGGUGACCAGUGUAGAGAUCGUGGUCCGGGAGAACCUCAAUGGAUGGACCGGUCGGGACACGGCAAGUGAAUACUUCCGAGUGACAGUGGCACUUCCCAAAUUCAUAUCGACCUCUCGAGGAGUGCUGGAAAGAGGCAUCCCUGUCCUCCAAGGGGAUGCCUUGUGGAACUGCACGACCUUCGAAACCAACAUUCCGUAUCCACUUCGGUUCAUGAUCGACAACGAUAUUGGAGGGGGCUCCUGGGUUGAACUCCCCGCUGGGUCAUACACUCCUCGUACUGACAGUGAUAGGGUAAGCACGUGCCAGAUAGAGGUAGAUGUGCAGGACUACAGGCAGAUAAUAGGUCACAUGGCAGAAGGUGAUUGGAUGGCACUGGCCCCUCUACGUGUCGUCUCUUUCGACAUUGAGUGUGUCUCUGAGCACGGUAAAGGCUUCCCAACGCCCGACGUGGCCCCAGUGAUCCAAAUAGCUGCUGUGAUGCAGGAAGGAACUGAGCAGAAGCAUAAGGUGGUGUGGACCUUGGACACUUGUGCGGACAUCGCUGAUGCUACAGUGGUGUCUUUCCAAAGUGAAAAGGACCUCCUCUCGAGUUUCCAACAGUAUAUGGUCCUGGUUGAUCCUGAUGUCGUCACUGGUUACAACAUCAUCAAUUUCGAUUUCCCUUAUUUGCUGGACAGAUCAGCUCAUUUGAAGGUUCACCCUCCAUUUGAAUAUCUCGGCCGCUUGAGAGGUGUGGCCUCCAAAGUAAAGGACUCAGUGUUCGAAAGUCGUGCCUUGGGACGGCGGGAGAAUAAGGACAUUAAUAUAGAAGGCAGAGUGCAGUUCGAUAUGCUGAUUGUGAUGCAGCGAGAGCAUAAGUUGCGGAGUUAUUCUCUCAACGCAGUAUCGGCUGAGUUCCUAGGAGAACAGAAGGAGGACGUGCAUUAUUCCAUCAUUGGAGACCUGCAGAAAGGCACGCCAGAGACACGCAAGCGGCUGGCGGUGUACUGCUUGAAGGACGCCCUUCUCCCACUACGGCUCAUGAACAAACUUGUCUGCAUGUACAACUACACGGAAAUGGCCCGUGUGACAGGAGUGCCCAUCAACUACCUGCUCACUAGAGGGCAGAUGAUCAAGGUUGCCUCGCAGCUGUUCAGGAAGGCCCGAUCUCACGGCUAUGUCAUACCUGCGCAGAAAUCAAGUCCAGGUGGCGAAUAUGAGGGCGCUACAGUCCUGGACCCGUCAACGGGGUUCUACCAGAAUCCCAUUGCGACACUCGAUUUCGCGUCACUGUAUCCGAGUAUCAUGCAGGCUCAUAACCUGUGCUACUCUACACUUGUUCAGCCAUCGGUUGCGCAGAGGGAGAAUCUGACUGAAGGAGACGAAGGAGAUGUCACCCGAACUCCUUGUGGGCAUCUAUUUGUGAAGCAGAGUGUUCGGAAGGGCCUCCUGCCAAUGGUUUUGGAGGAACUGUUGCAGGCCAGGAAACGAGCUAAGAAGGAAAUGGCUCAAGCUACCGACCCUCUGAAGAAGAUGGUUCUGAACGGUCGUCAAUUGGCAUUGAAGGUGUCAGCUAAUCUGUCUAUGUUUCACUGGCGCUACCGUGGGGAUGAUGCCUUGCUUGGAGAUCAGCAGUAG